AUGAAGGUGAGCGUGAAGGAGGAGGAAGAAGAGGAGGAGGAGGAGGAAGAAGAGGAGAAAGAAGCGGAGGAGGAGGAGGAAGAGGAGGAGGAGAAGGAGGAAGAAGAGGAGGAGGAGGAGAAGGAGGAAGAAGAGGAGGAGGAGGAGGAGAAAGAGGAGGAGGAGGAGGGAGAGGAGGAGGAGAAGGAGGAAGAAGUGGAGGAGGUGGAGAAAGAGGAGGAGGGGGAGGAAGAGGAGGAGGAGAAGGAGGAGGAGGAAGAAGAGGAGAAAGAGGAGGGAGAGGAGGAGGAGGAAGAAGAGGAGGAGGAGGAGAAAGAAGCGGAGGAGGAAGAGGAGAAGGAGGAGGAAGAGAAGGUGGAGGAGGAGGAGAAAGACGAGGAGGAGGGAGAGGGGGAGGAAGAGGAAGAGAAAGACGAGGAGGAGGGAGAGGAGGAGGAGGUAGAGGAGAAGCAGGAGGAAGAGGAAGAGGAAGAGGAGGAGGAGGUAGAGGAGGAGGAGAAGGAGGAAGAGAAGGAGGAGGAGGAGGAGGAGCGAGAGGAGGAGGAGGAGGAGGUAGAGGAGAAGCAGGAGGAGGAGGAGGAAGAGGAGAAGCAGGAGGAGGAGGAAGAGAAAGAAGAGGAG